CGAGUACUAGUAAGUAGUAAGUACUGACCAUCAACGGUGAAGAUGAAGACGGAUAGGAAAGCGGUCGGGUCGGGCAGUGGAUAGGAAAUUAUCCUCAUUCUAUCUCUCUCCUAUCUAUCGAUAUUCUUUCUGUAUUACACACCAGUACAAAACUUAAAUCAAUAUAAAAAAUGAUACUAUAAUAAAAAGAAGAAAUGGCAGAUAAGACUUUGAAGAAUAUGGGUUACGAAUUUUAGCACGAAACAAUAGAAUCAUUGCUCUUUGCUGCUCCUCGAUCUCUUCUUCCUUUCCCCCUUUCAUACUUUGAGUGUCCUACCCACCACUACCCGACAACCGCCCUUUUCCAUCAUCCGUAUUCCUUACCCGUUUUGAACACCCGAGCUUUUCUUUUAGGGAACUGUAUCUUGAUUUUGUGAGCCCAAAUUUCCUUGAUCAUGGAUGCUGAUGCUGCCGGGGAGCUUCAGGACUGGGAGGUUCUUCACUCCUGCUCUGACUCGGAGGUGUCCGACCCGAACCCGAAUCCGAAUGAUUUCCAAACGAUUGAUGCUCAUUCCGAAGGUAUGAUUCAGUUUGAUUACUUCUCUGUGGACCCUUUAGGUAGAAGGCCUGUUGAUGUUUCACUCGAGGUGGGCUCUGAGUCGGAGGAUUCUGAUAACCCUAGUUGGGUUGAUCCGGGUUUGGAGGAGACCCGGUUUUCUCCUAGGAAGGAGUCCUGGCCUGAUUCCGGUAGCGACGGGUCUGAUGUAGACCGGAAAUUCGGCGGAUUAGAGGUGAAUACUGAGCCUAGUUUCGAUGGUAAGGGGAAAUUGCACUUGGGCUUUGAAGGGAUUGAGGAAAUUCGCGGCGGAAAUGACAAAUCUUCGGAGAAUUUCCAUACAAUUUGGUCUGAUUCUGGCGGGAUUGAGUUAGAUUCUGAUAAAGCUGCAAACUUUGAGCAGGAUAGCCUGUUGGGUACCAAGGAAAUUGCAAAUUUCAAAGCUUUAGAUCAAGAAAUGAGCCAGCUUGACAGUGAAAAUGAGGGAGAAACUAUUGAAGAAGCUGAACCCAGUAACUUGGAAAGCAAGCCGGAGGAUAAGAAUGAGGAGGAGAAAAAGAAGAGUGUGGUGUGGUGGAAAGUACCACUUGAUUUCUUAAGGUACUGUGUUUUCAGGGCAAACCCUGUUUGGACAUUCUCUGUAGCUGCGGCUGUAAUGGGGUUUGUUAUUUUGGGGAGAAGGUUGUAUAAGAUGAAGAGAAAGACGCGUGGUUUAGAGCUCAAGGUCACCAUGGACGACAAGAAAAUCUCUCAGUUCAUGAGCAAAGCUGCACGCCUCAAUGAAGCAUUCUCUGUUGUGAAGCGUGUACCUGUGGUUCGACCAUCACUUCCGGCUGUCGGGGUCACACCAUGGCCUGUGAUGAGCCUGAGAUGAGAUGUUACCACAUUGUAGAACAUAAUUAAUUGAAAUGUUUCAUGUUUGUAUAAGCUUCUGCCUUUAGCAUGCUUUAUCAGACGAUACCCCCUCCCCUAUCUCCGCUGACCCCCUUCUCUUUCCUUUUUUAAUUUUUUCUGGGCUGGGUUGAAAGGCUGUGUAAAAACUUUCUCCAGUUGGGUAUAGUCUUGCAAGUAUGGUUUUUGUGUCUAUAUUGUAUCACAUUAUAGAAUUUGGUAUCUAAAUAUAUAAAGAUGAAAUGUGUUGGGUUGCAUUUUACUUAUGUCAUCUGUUAUUAGGGUUCAGUUGGGAUGAACUGGAAAAUCAUAAUGACGAGUUGAUGUUAUUUCUUUAUUACCAUAGUAAUUUAAUUACUCCAUAUUGUGGAUUUUGCAAUUAAGGUUACUACGCCAAUUUCUCGCGUCAACAUUGC